GAAAUCUUGCGCAACAUUGCGCAACUCCCGGAAUCGUAUGGUACUGUCCAUCCAUCUAUCGUCUUCAAUCGUCUUCAGUCGGUUUAAAACAUUGAAAAAAAUAGCACUUAAAAAGAAAUUACUAUUGGAACUGUUUGGCUCUUUUUUAUAAAGUCAUUCUAUCAUUCUGCAAAAGAAAAUGGAUUGUGAGAAGCAGAAGGAUGAAAUCAUUGCUUUGGAAAGCAUUUACAAUGAAGAAGAAUUCUCCUACCACGAGGAAAAUAAUAAGUACGAAUGUACUCUAAAAAUAUUUAUUAAUCUUCCUUAUGGAUACCACUUCACAUACAGAGAUAGUCGACAACCAAAUCAAUCAGUAGAAAAAGUACCAAUUUCUCACUUACCACCACUUACAUUGUUUAUUACCCUGCCACCAACAUAUCCAUCUGAAUCAUCUCCCAUAUUCAAACUGUGCUCAUCGUGGCUUAGUCAACCCGUACUGGCAAAGUUAUGUAAGAAAUUGGACCAAUUAUGGGAAGAAAAUAAGGGGCAGGAAAUCCUCUUCACAUGGAUUGCAUUUUUGAAGAAUGAAACACUUGAAUUUCUUAAUAUACAAAACAGCGUUAGUAUUAAUUCUGCUUACACGUUCUAUAAAGUGGCCUUAGAAAAAGCUCAGAAUGCUAUGAGUGUUAUUGCAGUUCAACAUGAAAAUGUCAAGGAAAAUGAAACAACUGAUGAAAAGAGUGUCGACUAUCAACAGGACACAUCAAAGAAUGUGAUCAAGUCUAAAGAAAAUAAAAAACCCGUACCAAAAAAGAAAUAUAGAAAACAAAAGUGUAAGAAAAUCAAUGAUCAAAGAGCCAUCUCAGAUCGACCCAUUGGCAAGAAUCCAGUUCAAAUGUUGGUUAAUUACAAUAUUAAACGCAAACAAGUUGAAUUCAAAAAAAAUUUUUACACAUGCAAAAUUUGCUUUGCUGAUAAAAUGGGGGAACAUUGUACCCAGUUUCUGCCAUGCUCUCAUAUUUUUUGCAAAGACUGUAUCAUUGGAUAUUUAGAAGUGAGAAUCAAAGAAGGAAGUGUUCAAAAUAUUUAUUGUCCUGAAGAAAAAUGUACAUCUGAAGCUACGCCCGGCCAAGUAAAAGAUUUAGUGAGCCCAGAAUUAUUUGAUAAAUACGACUCCAUACUACUAAGUACCACAUUGCAUACAAUGAUGGACAUCGUCUAUUGUCCGAGACCUCAUUGUCAGUAUCCAGUCAGUAGAGAACCUAACGAAAGAAUGGCAAACUGUCCUGCUUGUCAGUAUGCGUUUUGUGUAUACUGUAAAAUGGUAUAUCACGGAAUUGAACCUUGCAAACUUAAAUCAGUUGAAAAGCAGCAACUAGUAAUGGAAUAUCAAAAGGCAUCGGACGAGAGGAAAAUACAUCUAGAGGAACGGUAUGGAAAGAAACAAUUACUAGCUCUAGUGCAUAACACCAUGUCGGAAAUGUGGAUCGACGAAUACACUAAAAAGUGUCCUGAGUGCAAUGCAGCUAUUGAGAAAUCGGAUGGCUGUAAUAAAAUGAUCUGUUGGCGUUGCAAUACAUAUUUCUGUUGGAUCUGUGGAGGACGUCUCAAUCACAAGUCGCCAUAUUUGCAUUUCCGAGAUCCUGAAUCAAAGUGCUACAAAAAGCUAUUCCGCCAAGUAUUAAUACCAUUAGAUCCAGGUGACCCUGAAUAUGAUGAAGAUAACCUGGACUUCCCCGCCGUAUACCUCGGCAACGAUUCCGAUGACGAAAAUUUUUCUGACGAUGUUUUUAAUAUGGAUGAUGAAUUAUCAUAGUUAAAAUAGAUAGCUCUAUGCUGUAUUUCAUAUGUACACGUAUUUUAUUUUUCGGAAGGAAAUUCUGUUCAUUUUAUUUCUUUUUCUUUUAAAUUCGAUUAUCUCAAAAUGAACAUCAGAUGAAUGAGCUGUAACUAGUUGUGUUCAAAGUUUACAUCAAAUCACAUUGUAUACUCAUUUUUCGCCAAAGAGAUUGCGAUAAUCUGUGAUUGAUGUAACUCUAGAUAAAGAAUAUUUAAUUAAUUGCUAGUCAGCGAGUAACGACAUUCAGUAUCAAGAAUGAAAAAGUUGGCUAAUUUCAAUGUGAAAUAUCUCCGUUCUGUAGAAAACGAAUACUGCUGUACAGAGCUAAGAUAUUUUUUCCUAGACAUUUUUUCUUUUGAAAGUAAAAACAAUAAUAUAAUAUUUUAUAUAUUAUUAAAACACAGCAUAGCAUAAUGCCAAUUGUAUAUUGCAAGUAAUAGUAGUUAAAAUUUAUGUACAUGCUGAAGAUUUGUUAGAUAUCUCCUAUUGGUUUUCUAUUUUGUAUAUUUUUCCCCCGAACUUGACGAUAGCUUCUAUAACAAAAAAAAAUAUUUGCUACAGCGGCAAACAUUCAAAAUGAAUACUUAUAAGGUAUUUGCAUCUAAGAUGUAUUCUAUUGGCAUCGAAUUUUUGUUAUUUGUAAAAAUUAUUUGAAUAUGUGGUUUCGGGCAAGACAAUUAUGGUGUACGAUUAUUUCAUUUAUUUAUUUGAUACAGCCUCGUGUAUUCAUUUAUUAUAAUUUAAAUAAACUACGUGUAAGAGAAA